UGACCGUGACGUCACGCACGCGUCUCGGGUCUGGGCCGCGCGCCCUCACGCUCGCGCGUGGCCGCGGUCUCCUGACGCGUCGCUGUUGCUGUGUCGGCCUUGCGUCCCGCCAGGGCAGCAGCAUGUACCACAGCAGCAGCCAGAAGCGGCACUGGACCUUCGCCGGCGAGGAGCAGCUGGCGCGCCUGCGGGCCGACGCCAACCGCAAAUUCAAGUGCAAAGCGGUGGCUAACGGGAAGGUUCUUCCAAAUGAUCCAGUGUUUCUUGAGCCUUAUGAAGAAAUUACACUGUGCAAAUACUAUGAGAAAAGAUUGCUGGAAUUCUGUUCGGUGUUUAAACCAGCAAUGCCACGGUCUGUUGUGGGUACAGCUUGUAUGUAUUUCAAGCGUUUUUAUCUUAAUAAUUCAGUAAUGGAAUAUCACCCCCGGAUAAUAAUGCUCACUUGUGCAUUUCUGGCCUGCAAAGUAGAUGAAUUCAAUGUGUCUAGUCCUCAAUUUGUUGGAAAUCUUCGAGAGAGUCCCCUGGGACAGGAGAAAGCGCUAGAGCAAAUUUUGGAAUAUGAAUUACUACUUAUACAGCAGCUUAAUUUUCACCUUAUUGUCCACAAUCCUUAUCGACCAUUUGAAGGCUUCCUCAUUGAUAUAAAGACGCGGUACCCCAUGUUGGAGAAUCCAGAGAUUUUGAGGAAAACAGCUGAUGAUUUUCUUAGUAGAAUUGCGUUGACAGAUGCUUAUCUUUUAUACACACCUUCACAAAUUGCCCUGACUGCCAUUUUAUCGAGUGCCUCUAGGGCUGGAAUUACUAUGGAAAGCUAUUUAUCAGAGAGUCUAAUGCUGAGAGAAAAUAGAACAUGCCUGUCACAGUUACUGGAUAUAAUGAAAAGCAUGAGAAACCUAGUAAAAAAGUAUGAGCCACCCAGGUCUGAAGAAGUUGCUGUUCUGAAACAGAAGUUGGAGCGAUGUCAUUCUGCUGACCUUGCACUUAAUGUGGUUACGAAGAAGAGGAAAGGCUAUGAAGAUGAUGACUAUGUAUCAAAGAAACCCAAACAAGAAGAGGAGGAAUGGACUGAUGAUGACCUGGUAGAUUCUCUCUAAUAAUUUGAAAUGACUACGGCAGUGCUAACUAAGCAACAGAAGUAGGAAGCAUGUCUGGCAUUUAACUUUCUUUAAAGUACUACAAUGUGAAAACAUCAAAAUAUAUUAAACUUUUCUAAUUGUAUUUUUUCUCGUGAUGCUUUACAUAUAAUUUGAAAAAAGGCUGAAUACUACCUAUUUUGGAUAUUCAUAACUCACUAAGAUUAGUAGCUAAUUCUGUCCUCCUAAGAUGGCCAAAGUCAAACUGUGGUGCACUUCCUUACACUGUUUUGAGCAAAAUGUGAUUAAACAAACCUAUCCAUUUAGAAGAAAUGCAGAAAACAAACCUUAGUAGUCGGUAAACUUUGGAAGUGCUAAGGAAAUAGGUUUUAUUCUCCAGAGGGUCUUACAAAUGGCUUUUCAAAAUGUAUCUCAAUAGACUGUACUAAUUAUGAAUUACUACUAGCUGUAGAAUGUAUUGGGCAGUUAUUUAGUGCUUAGGCACUAACUUUUAUUCUAAGCAGUUACUGACAUCUGGGUUUAAAUAAAAUAUAAUUUUUGAGUCUAGAUAAAAAUCUUAAAUUACUACAGAUAAGUGGUAGCAAAUUAUAUAUUCACUCUUAUCAUUAAAUGAUCAUAUGAAGUGAAUCCAUAUAAAGUAGGCAUUAUGGUCACUAGGAAUCUGUAGAUGAGAUACAUUCAAAAGUUUAAAAAUGAAAUAAGUUAAUAUAAAAAUCCACAACAUGGAAUUCAAUUUAGGUAUACCUCUAUUUUUUUCUAUGAGUAAAUUAUACCUCAGUGUGUUACUUUCCCAAGUAGAGAAUGGGGAAAAGGAUGAUGCCUACUCCUGGUAGGAUUAUUCACAGCAGUGCUUGGCAUGCUAAUAUGUUUGUUGUACAUUAAUACUGUCUUAAUGUAGUUAAGUGGUAGAUAAUACAGUUAGGACCAAAUUGCAGAUAGGUAUAUAUUAUCGGGCAACUGUUUUGUUUUUUGGACUUUUUUUUCCCUCCCACCCCCUGAAAACUGGCUUGAAGAAAUUCAGAGAAACUCAACCACCUCAAAAACCUACCCAGCUUUAUAUAUUCCAUUGAUAUACUUCCCAGGAGGGUAGGUAACAUUUUAGUCUAUCUUAAAAUGUGGUGUUAUUUAUGUUCAUGUUCAUCUCUAUAUGCAUGUUCAUCUCUAGCAAUUACUUUUAUGGCUUGAGUUUCUGGUUUUCUUUCUUGUUCUGGAAUAAAAUUGAUGAAGUGUAA